AUGGCCAUUUCCCUCUCUUUCUUCCUUCUCCUCCUCCUCCUCCUCCUUACAAGCAUCAAGGCGUCUCCGCCAGUGCCGUCGCCACUGGCCUCUCCUCCGAUGUCAUUGUCACCGGCACGUCCGCCGUCUCCGCCGUCUCCAGCCGCUGCUCCACCACCUAGGGAGCAGCAGCAGCAACUGAACAACAUAAUCGACGCCCUCAUCGGCACCGGCGACUUUGGAGGAUGGGCCAACCUCCUCUACUCCGCCGAUCCCUCCACGCUUCCCAUCACCGCCACCCUCUUCAUCCCGUCUGACAACGCCACAGCCGCCGCUGCCGCUACCACCACCACAUUGGACCCACUCAUCUUCCCCUACCAUAUCGUCCCUCAACGCCUCUCGUUCUCCGAUCUCCAACGCUUCACCACCCACUCUCGCCUCCCCACUCUCUUGCCCACCAUGUCCAUUCUCAUCACCAACAAUACUCCCUCCAACUUCACCAUCGACGACUCUCCCAUCACCCACCCCGACCUCUACCUCGCCUCCGCAGUCUCCGUCCACGGAGUCGCUUCCGUCCUCGACUACUCACUCUACGGCAACGAAACCUUGAAACCAUCACUCCCACCGGAAGUAGGCACAGCGCAGCCUACCCAUCCACCACCUCCGCCUCCGUCGAUGGCCGGAGAAACAUGGGGGCGCCGAAGGUCGGACGCUGCAUGCUUGUGCACCGAGUAUCCGAUCGUUUUUUCGGUUGUUUGUGCCGCUUUUGCAUUCAAGAUUCAUAGAAUUCCUCUUAGUCGUUGAUGGGUUAUCUGGAAAAUAAAGAAUUCAUGGAGAUGAUCGUUCUCUUAGGGUUUUGGAUAGCUCAAAUUUUGUUGGGUCAACAUUAAUGGUCUCCGCUUGACUCGUAUCUUGAUCUGCAUGGGCUUUUCUUGUUAGGGUUGAUAUAUUCUGCUAUUUCAGAGAAAGGGACUGUUGUAUUCGUUUUUUUUCCCUCUCAAUCAAGAAACUGCUUCUAAAUGAGAAUUCAGA